AUGCAUUCAGACCAGGAGCAUGUGCCCCAUACACCCACGGCGGCUGCCAUUCAGAGCGCAGAGCCUGCCCGCAUCGCUGAUCCCGAAUCCAAAUCGACCAAGUUCUUCGACAAGACCGAAGUCACUGAGAAAGACUCGCUAGACAACCGCGCGCAAUCUGUCGGUAGUGGCUCUAUGAAGUCGUCGCAUGACCAUACCCAUCGCAAGCUCAAACCUCGCCAUGUACAAUUGAUCGGUAUCGGAGGCACAAUUGGUACGGCGUUGUACGUCCAGAUUGGAUCAAAUUUGCGUACCAGUGGUCCUGCCAGUUUGUUUAUUGGGUUCAGUCUAUGGAGUUGUGUGAUUCUGAUUAUCACCGUUUGCUUGGCUGAAAUGGUCACAUACCUACCCAUCUCCUCGCCUUUUAUUCGAUUCGCCGGCCGCUACGUCGACGAGGCAUUGGGAGUCGCAGCCGGAUACAACUUCUUCAUUUUCGAAGCUGCAUUGGUCCCAUUCGAAGUCGUCGCCGUCAGCCUAAUCGUGCGAUACUGGACAAACGUGAUCCCAGUCGCAGCAAUGAACGUCAUCGUCCUAUUCCUCUAUGGAGCCCUGAACCUCUUCGCUGUAAAAUGGUAUGGCGAAGCCGAAUUCUGGCUCUCCCUCGGCAAAGUCCUCCUCAGUAUCGGCCUGAUCUUCUACACAUUCAUCGUCAUGCUAGGCGGUAACCCCCUCGGAGACAGAUUCGGCUUCCGUUACUGGAACGAACCGGGGGCUUUUGCCGAGUACUACAAAACAGGCGAUACAGGUCGCUUCCUCGGUGUGCUGUCGGCACUCAUCGCAGCGAGUUUCACUAUCGCCGGUCCGGACUACGUCUCCAUGGCUGCGGGUGAGACAAUGAACCCUCGCAAAGUCCUGCCCAAGGCUUUCAACGGUGUUUUCUAUCGUCUUACGGCUUUCUUCGUGCUGGGUGUUCUGUGCAUUGGUAUUCUCGUGCCAUACAACGAUAAGACUAUGGCGGAUGCAUUUGACAAUGAUCAACCCGGUGCUGCGGCUUCGCCGUAUGUCAUUUCCAUGGACCGGUUGAAUAUUCCUGUCUUGCCUGAUAUUGUUAAUGCGGUCGUUCUUACGGCUUCGUUCAGUGCGGGGAAUAGUUACAUGUACUGUGCUAGUCGCAGUCUUUACGGCUUGGCGUUGGAAGGAAAGGCUCCUAAGAUUCUGACCAAGUGCACGAGCCGGGGUGUGCCUAUCUACUGUGUUGCAAUUGUUCUUGUCAUUGCUCUGCUCAGUUUUUUGCAGGUUUCUAACAGUGCCGCUGUUGUGCUGAACUGGUUCGUUAAUCUGGUGACGGCUUCCCAACUCAUCAAUUUCUCUGUCGUGACAUUCACCUAUAUCCGCUUCAAAAAGGCUGUAGAAGCACAGGGCAUCUCAAGAGACUCCCUGCCCUACCGCAGCUGGUGGCAACCCUACAUCGCUUACAUUGCCUGCACUUGCACGACAAUCAUGGCUUUUGUUGGUGGGUAUACCGUCUUCUUGCCAGGGAAUUGGUCCAUCCCGACAUUCCUUUUCUCUUAUACCAUGAUCGGCGUCUUUCCCAUUCUUUACUUUGGGUGGAAGUUCUUCCACAAGACUAAGUUCCUUAAGCCCGAAGAGGUUGAUUUGAUGACUGGUGUUGUGGAAAUUGAGGAGUACACCAGGGAUUUCGUUACUGAGCCGCCUAAGACUAUCCUUCACAAGUGGGUGUACAAGAUCUUCGAAUGA